GAGACGCGUUCCUGCGUAAGCGGAAGGUCCGUCCCCAUAUACUGCUCGGCUGCACACAUACCAAAUAUCUGACCUUAUGAGAUCUACGGACGGGGCAGCUCUCCGAUUCUGACAGCCCGGCUAUAGAAACUAAUAUAUGAUUGUAAGUCCGUUCAGGAUGCCUGGAUCACUCCCUGCUGUUUGUGAGGCCUCGUGGCCCAAGGACGUGGGCAUCGUGGCCAUGGAGGUGUAUGUGCCGUCUCAGUAUGUGGAGCAAGCGGAGCUGGAAGAGUACGACGGAGUCGGAGCGGGGAAAUACACCGUGGGACUGGGCCAGGCGCGCAUGGGAUUCUGCUCGGACCGCGAGGACAUCAACUCUCUGUGUCUGACGGUGGUCCAGCGGUUGAUGGAGCGCAGCGGCCUGUCCUACCAGAGCGUGGGCCGGCUGGAGGUGGGCACGGAGACCAUCAUCGACAAGUCCAAGUCCACCAAGACCGUCCUGAUGCAGCUGUUCGAGGAGUCGGGCAACACUGACGUGGAGGGAGUAGACACCACUAACGCCUGCUACGGAGGAACCGCUGCGCUUUUCAAUGCCGUCAACUGGGUGGAGUCCAGCUCCUGGGACGGUCGUUAUGCUCUGGUGGUUGCGGGUGACAUUGCCGUUUAUGCGACGGGCAGCGCCAGGCCGACGGGGGGAGCCGGAGCUGUGGCCAUGCUAGUCGGACCCAACGCUCCUCUGGCCUUCGAGAGAGGGCUUCGAGGGACACAUAUGCAACACGCGUAUGAUUUUUAUAAGCCAGAUAUGGUGUCUGAGUAUCCAGUGGUGGACGGCAAGCUUUCCAUCCAGUGUUACCUCAGUGCUUUAGAUCGCUGCUACUCUGUCUACAGGAACAAGAUCCAUGCCCAGUGGCAGAGAGAGGGUCUCGACAAGCGUUGCGGUCUUGAAGACUUCGGCUUCAUGGUGUUUCACUCUCCUUACUGUAAACUGGUGCAGAAGUCUUUGGCUCGACUAAUGCUCAACGAUUUCCUCUGUCAUCCCAGUCCAAACACAGAGAGCGGGCCCUUCGGCGGACUGGAAGCUUUCAGAGAUGUGAAGAUCGAGGACACUUAUUUUGACCGAGACGUGGAGAAGGCCUUUAUGAAGGCCAGCACGGAAGUGUUUGAGGAAAAGACGAAGGCGUCUCUCCUCAUAUCAAACCAGAAUGGUAACAUGUACACGCCAUCGGUGUACGGCUGCUUGGCUUCGGUUCUCGCACAACAUACUCCUCAGCAGUUGGCAGGACAGAGAAUCGGUGUGUUUUCGUACGGCUCGGGCUUUGCUGCUACGCUCUACUCCGUCAAAGUCACACAAGACGCUACGCCUGGAUCUUCUCUGGAUAAGUUGGUCUCCAGCCUGUGUGAUUUGCAGGCCAGGCUGGAUUCUAGAAAGAAGGUUUCGCCGGAUGUUUUUGCCCAGAACAUGAAGCUAAGAGAAGAAACCCACCAUUUAGCAAACUACAUCCCUCAGGGCCCGGUAGAUGAACUCUUCCCAGGAACGUGGUACCUCACUCGUGUGGACGAGAAGCAUCGCAGGCAGUACGCCAGACGCUCGAUGAACGAUGACAGACCGCUGGAGGCCGGACCGGUCAGUUCCAGCAUUGCACCCGAGCAUAUUCCCAGUCCGCUCAAGAAGAUGCCCCGCAUCCCGACUGCCACAGCUGGCUCUGAGGUGCUCAUUAGUAACGGGGAUCAUUAAGUUUACCUCUGUGAGGUGCACACCAUGGCAGGUCACAUUGAGGACGCUGAUCUGUAAAACGACACGGUAAAAAGGGCCCCGGGAAUCCUGCAGCCAGAUCACUUAUCAAUGAGUGAUACGAACCUCAAAGCUUUUUAAUGUUCCAGGACAGACUCCGCUCGACCGUCACUGUGCUGAAGAUGGCAGAGGGUAGUUUGGAAAUGAAGUGUUUCUCUGUGGUGAGCUCCCACAAACUGCUGCUCACAGUCGUCUAUGCAGAAAUCCUGAAUUGUUCAUUCUUUUAAGUCCAAAUAUCUACCUGUUGGCAUUUCACAGGCUCCAUGCUGUCUUUUUUUUUUUUUUUUUUUAAGCAUUAAACUAACCGUGUCAUUCAAAACAGACAUUUAGGAGAAAACAUGGAUGUCUUGAAGCAGAGCAUCCCUUGUUGUUUUUAAUUGAUCAACGCUGUUUCUAUGUCUUCGUCUUUUUUUGCUUUUAUAAAACUCCUUUCUAGUCGGUCUUACCACCAUGGCCAUGUCAGGGAAAUGUGCCUGGAUCGCAUAUUAAUGAGCCAUAAGCUUUACAAAUUUUAAUUACGUUCACCUGUCUAGUAAUAAUUGUUUAGUCGCUGCUAAACGGCUUCUGUUAGCGUUCAUGUCCUUGGAAAUGAGUAUCAUUUAUUUGAUUUUCAUUCUAGCCAAAGUAGAUGGUGUUCGUUUCUGAACUCCAAUGAGGAAAUACAUUUGUGUAAAAGAUAAAAACGUGAUGACUUAGUGGCAACGUGUUAUAGCUAUUAAACAAUAUAAUCAGUUAAACUGGUAACAUAUUUUUGGAAAAAAGCCAGUUUUGAGGAUGAAAGUGAGUGAGAAAAGAGCACUUGAUUGGCUGAUUGUCAGCUGUCCACCUAAAAAUAAAAACUGUCAUUUACUUACCCUCAUUCACUCCAAACCGAUACGCACUAAAAUAUACAAAAAAAAAUAUAUAUAUAUAAUUUUCCAAGAGACUUUAGUACCUUAAGGGUCCUAUUGGUAUGUAUAUAGUACAUAUAAGUACAAAUGAGUAGAUAGAAAUACAUAUUAAUACCCCAAAAGGCUCUCUAGCUUUUUUUUAUUGUUUAUAGGACUAACCAUCUUCUGUGCAGCAAUAAAAGAUAGAAUUUUGAGAAAUGUUGGCAACUAAAGAGACCUAGUUCCCAUUGACUUUCAAUGUAUGGACAAAAAAUAAAUAAAAUAAUCAAUGGGAACUGAAACUUUUUGGUUAUUCUUCACAAUAUCUUUCAUGAUACACAGAAAAAUCGGUUAUGGAGGUUUGCAAGAACACGAGAGUGAGUAAAUGAUGACAGAUGUUUAAUUUUUGGGUGAACUGUGCCUUUAACUCGCUCUUUAUUUGUAGAUCACAACUAACUCUUAAUAUUCCUUGAACUGUUAAGAAAUUGCAAUCCGAAGAAUCUUAUGUGAUCAAAUGUUUGACCUGUGAUUGUUCCAAACUACAGAGCACUUCUCAGUAAUGAUACAGCUUAUUUAGAGAUUUAUCGAUUUCAAAUUUAUAAAAGAAGCAAUAUCAAUACUACGGUAUUGUAAAUGUUAGCACCUUGAAGCUAAAUGUUUAGUGGCGGAUAUAUACUAAGCCAAAAGCAAAAAAAAAAAGAUUUUAUCAGAAAGAAUUUAUGCUUGAUUGCAAAAACACUGAUAGCAAGAUGGUAUUUCCUUUCGGAACAUUCUUCAAUUUGUGGGUCCAUGUUAACACUUCUGCUAAUUCAUCAACUUUGAGAAGCCUUAUUCUGAGCAUGUACAGAACACACAAAUAUAUUCUGAAACUGUAUAGAGAUAUAUUUCUUUUUCAUUCUGCUGCCAGGACAUUUUGACUGUAGAGUUAUAACUUGAAACGGCCAAUGUUUACAAGAUGUCUCCCUCAGAUCGGUUCAUACCAAUAAUUGGUAAGUAAUGUACAGCGCUAACUUAUAUUUUGUAGGUGGACAAAAACCGCUAUGCGAUCAGGUGUGAUGUGCAGAAAACAAGCUGUAAAGACGAUGUGUAUCUGAUAAUAUAUGAACUGAGGAUUAAAUGUUGAUUUGCUGAA